GCCCCUGUUUUGCAUAUAUAACCCACUCAUCAUCACUCUCAUCUCCCACAACCAACUCCCAAAACCCUCAUCUACUUCCUCAAACUCAAAACCAGAACUCUCUCUCAAUCAAUCUCCAUGGCCAAGAUCAAGAUCGGAAUCAACGGAUUCGGAAGAAUCGGACGUUUGGUUGCUAGGGUAGCCCUACAGAGGGACGAUGUUGAGCUCGUCGCCGUUAACGAUCCAUUCAUCACCACCGACUACAUGACCUACAUGUUUAAGUAUGACACCGUUCAUGGACCAUGGAAGCACCAUGAGCUCAAGGUCAAGGAUGAGAAGACUCUGCUCUUCGGUGAGAAGCCAGUCGCCGUCUUCGGUCUCAGAAACCCAGAGGAGAUCCCAUGGGGUUCAGUUGGUGCCGAUAUCGUUGUCGAGUCCACCGGAGUGUUCACUGACAAGGACAAAGCUGCCGCUCACUUGAAGGGAGGUGCCAAGAAGGUUGUAAUCUCUGCCCCAAGUAAGGAUGCCCCCAUGUUUGUUGUGGGUGUCAAUGAGCACGAGUACAAGUCCGACCUGUGCAUUGUUUCCAACGCUAGCUGCACCACCAACUGCCUUGCUCCCCUUGCCAAGGUUAUCAACGACAAGUUUGGAAUUGUUGAGGGACUUAUGACUACUGUUCACUCCAUCACUGCCACCCAGAAGACUGUUGAUGGACCAUCAGCCAAGGACUGGAGAGGUGGACGUGCUGCCUCAUUCAACAUCAUUCCUAGCAGCACUGGAGCUGCCAAGGCCGUCGGAAAGGUUCUGCCUGCUCUCAACGGAAAGUUGACUGGAAUGGCCUUCCGUGUGCCCACUGUUGAUGUUUCAGUUGUUGACCUCACUGUCAGAAUUGAGAAGAAGGCAACCUAUGAACAGAUCAAGGCUGCUAUCAAGGAGGCUUCUGAGGGUAAGAUGAAGGGCAUCUUGGGUUACACCGAAGAUGAUGUUGUCUCAACUGACUUCAUUGGUGACAACAGGUCAAGCAUCUUUGAUGCCAAGGCUGGAAUUGCUUUGAAUGAAAACUUUGUCAAGCUUGUGUCAUGGUACGACAACGAGUGGGGCUACAGUUCCCGUGUGAUCGACUUGAUUGUGCACAUUGCCAAGGCUUAAGCUCUGAUGUGAAUCUUAUAAGGCUUUGCUUUUACAUGUUUCAGUUGAGUCGAGAAUGUGUAGGUCCCUGGGAUCUGAAUAAGAGUUAUCUUUGUGUCCUCUGGGGGUUCAUAUCCCUCGGGGGGUUGUCAAUUUUUUUGUGUUGAACUGUAGUUGCGGAUUUCUCCCCUUUUUGCUGGUUCCGAACAUAAGAAACAAGAAAUUGUACUUUAGCUUUGCUAGUUUUUGAUAUAAAGCAAAAAGUUGAUGGGGCUUUCUGUCA